UACGACUCGCGUUGUGACCGUGACUUUUGUUUUCAAAACGUAAGUGUUGACUGACGGUUUUGUUAUAAGUUUGUUCGGGUGCGAAAUCACAAUGCGCUGCCUAAUAGUCCUUGCCAUCGUGGCCGCAGCGCACGCGCACCCCGCGCCCGUGCUCAUCUUCACCCAGGCGCUCCAGCCAGUCGGCGUGGAGUACGCGGAGAACGCCGGGCCGCUAGUUCGGCCGCACCCCGCCGUCGCGCGCAACGCCGCCCGCGACGCUCAGCUGCCGCGCGAGCUGCUCAAGUCCGCGGACUUCUACGACAACCCAGCGAUCGCUGAAGGCUUGGCCAGGGAGUCGUGGUUCGCCAACAAGGAGAUGCAGGUCGUUGAGAGGGAGUCCGAAAAGAUCCCUAGGGAGAGGAUCUAUAAAAUUGUGAAGAGCGCUGGCUUCUUAGAUCAGUAAAUAUUAGUAUGAUCGUGAUUACAUCGCUCUUAAGCUCAUUAUUUAUGUUUGCCAUGUUAAUUACUUCCUUCACUAGGUUUGAAAUAUUGAACCUUACGUUAACUCACAUGUCGACUAAUGAGUUAAUGAAGGUAUCAACACUAAUCUAUCGUAUUAAAAUAUCUUUAUUACUUAAAGCAAUCAUUUGAAUUAUUUAUCUUUUAGAAUAAUUUUAGUGCUUAUUGGUUUUUGCCAGAUAUUCCUACGGCAUUGAACAUUUUUUUUAAAUAGCCAAGAGUCAGUAGAUAAGUAGUACUUAUUUUAUUUGAAUGUUCUUUGUAUUUUGUAAAUAUCGUCACCGAAAAUAUUUAGUAGGUUCGUAAGCUUACUAUAGUUAUAAUGUAUGUAAAUAUAAUUACAAGAUCAUUUAUAGAGACUAUAUUCUAAAGUAGAAAAAAGUAUAAAAACUAUUAAAAUUAAAUGUUAUGCAUUUUUACACUCCUACCAGUACUAUACAAAUACUUGAUUGCAUGCGCGCAUAUAAUUUAAAUGUUUAUUUAUAGUUUAGAAGUGUGAAGGUAACCAUGCCCUUAUGUUAUUUGUUUGUCAGUUUCAUCGUUGUAUAUAUUUAAAAAUGUAAUGCGUUUUUAUUUAUAUUGAUUGAUUAUUGUGUAUGUAUAAUUUAACCUCGUAUUAUGCAGGCAUUGUAGAGAAGGUUGAUGUGGAUUAGAGGUAUAUUUUCAAUAAGUCGUUAUUAAAUUUUUCAUAUGUUUUGAGAGUACCUACUAUUGUGUUUAAUUAUGUACCUGUAGGUAGUCAUACUAAAAUAUAAUUCUAGUGAUGAAAAUGAAACUGUGAUCUCGAGUAAUAAGUACAUUCAUGUAAGUUAUUGCUCUUAAAUGAAAUAAAACAUUUUUGUGAUAAAUCAAA